AUAUAGUGAAUGCAGGGUCCGGGGAGACCAGAUAUAGUGAAUGCAGGGUCCGGGGAGACCAGAUAUAGUGAAUGCAGGGUCUGGGGAGACCGGAUAUAGUGAAUGCAGGGUCCGGGGAGACCAGAUAUAGUGAAUGCAGGGGUCCAGGGAGACCAGAUAUAGUGAAUGCAGGGUCCGGGGAGACCAGAUAUAGUAAAUGCAGGGUCCAGGGAGAUCAGAUAUAGUGAAUGCAGGGUCCGGGGAGACCAGAUAUAGUGAAUGCAGGAUCCGGGGAGACCAGAUAUAGUGAAUGCAGGGUCCGAGGAGACCA